CAAAGCUCAAAUAUGAGCUCAAAUCAUAUCAAGAAGCGGUUCUGAAUGAAAUCAAGAAAAUGAGGGAGGAUAGCCAGCAACUUAUCCUGCUCGAGGAUAAGCUUGAAGAAGAAAAAAAAGGAGCAAAAACUCUUGAAAGAUCAGUCAAUGAUCUAAGUCGGAAACUGCAACAGCGAAUGAAUGACAUCUGCAUAUUUGAACGAAGGGUCAAAUCACUGCAUGAAGAUAACAAAGAAGAGGUGGAAUCCCAGGAGAUCUUUUAUAAGGAUCAAAUUAAAAUUCUGGAAGCAAGAGUCAAAGUGCUUGAUCACAAGUUGAAGGAAUCUGGCGCAAGUCCUUUACAUACAGGGAAACCUGAGCCUGCCAUGUCCGGCCGAUUGGAGGAGGAGCACACUCACACUCCAUAUCAGUACAACCAGAGAUUUAAAUUGCGGUUGCGGCCGAGUUUUCGGUUGAGUUUGGAGAAUGGAAAGCUUCCAAGCAAAUCCAAUGAAAAUGGAGAUUGA